AUGGUAUCAUAUUUUCUUGGCCAAUACCUCUUUGGAUAUCUUGAUGGUACCAUUCCCCAACCUCUUAAAUUUGUCUCUGUUUCCAAUCAAGAAACCCAUGUCAUCUCCGAAACACCCAAUCCUGCCUACUCUUAUUGGUUGCGCCAAGAUAAUCUUAUUCUGAGUACCCUCAUAUCUUCUCUUACUGAAGGAGUGCUUGCUCAAGUAGUAAAUCACACUACUUCGUCAGCUAUGUGGCAUGCUUUGGAUGAAAAUUUUUCAUCCCAAUCUCGUGCACGAACUGUGCAAAUCCGAACCCAACUAGCAACAGCAACAAAAGGCAACAAGACUGUCACAGAAUAUUUUCUCUUUAUUAAAAAACUCACUGAUGAAUUAUCUGUUGCAGGACAACCUAUGAGUUGUGAAGAUGUCAUCACCUAUGUUCUUGCAGGAUUAAGCCACGAAUAUGACAGCUUUGUUGCCUCAAUCUCGGCUCGCACUAAAAAGGUCACAAUUGACGAAAUUUACUCGUUUUUGCUUACCACUGAAGCCAGACUUUCUCAACACCAGAUGUCAUCUCCCGCUCAACCUACCUCUAUCAAUGUUGCACAACUACAAUACAAUCCAUCCCAAAAUCGUUGCAAAGGCGGCUCUAGGGGACGGGGUCUUUCCAAUCGUACUAGUUACAACAAUACCACACUUAGUACUGAUUACAAUUUAGUAAUUUGUCAGGAUCCAAAACCAGAAAAUAAACAAGCUAUGGUUGCUACUGGCACUUGGGACACCGAAUGGCAUGCUGACACUAGUGCCACUCAUCACGUCACUAAUGAUCUCAACAAUCUGAACCUUCGGAAUGAUGACUAUCAGGGUACAGAUCAGAACCAACCUGCUUUACAGAAGCAUCCAAAUCAAAUUAUUGGAGAAGCCAUGAAUAAAGAAAUCAAUGCAUUGGUUCCAAAAUUACCAAAUGCAAAUAUUGUUGGUUGUCAGUGGGUUUACCGAAUCAAAAGGAAAGCUGAUGGGACUAUAGAGCGUCACAAAGUUCGACUAGUCACCAAAGGUUUUCAUCAACAAAAAGCUUUAAGCAAACCGGAAAAUGUUGUGCUUGAAAAGGUUCUUUCGUUCAAGGAUCUAAUUCAACACCAGGACAACAUAGAUUCAAAUGGUCUUAAUUUCAAUGGAUUGAAACACAAAUCAAUUCCCACACUUUCUCUGCCUGAAACAACGGUGUUUUCAUCACCUAGACCCGUAAGUGAGCUUGAUGCUGCUGCGAUUAAGCUCCAAAAGGUCUACAAGAGUUACCGGACCCGAAGAAACCUUGCAGAUUGUGCAGUGGUGGUAAAGGAGUUAUGGUGGAAACCAUUGGACUUUGCGGUUUUGAAGCAGAGUUCUGUGUCAUUCUUCAAUGUUGAGAAACAAGAAACUGCUGUUUCAAGGUGGGCAAGGGCAGGAACUAGAGCAGCCAAGGUGGGAAAGGGAUUGUCCAAGGAUGAGAAGGCUCAAAAACUAGCCCAGCAACACUGGCUUGAAGCUAUUGACCCACGCCAUCGGUAUGGACACAAUCUCCAGUUGUACUAUGAUAUCUGGUAUGCAAGCGAGAGCACUCAGCCUUUCUUCUUUUGGUUGGAUGUUGGAGAUGGCAAAGAAAUAAAUAUCAACAAAUGUGCCAAGAAUGUCAUGCAGCGCCAAUGCAUCAAGUAUCUUGGACCUAAAGAAAGGGAAGCAUAUGAAGUAAUAGUUGAAAAUGGGAAGCUUCUAUAUAGACAGAGUGGACUUCUUCUGGAAACCGUGGAAGGCUCCAAGUGGAUAUUCAUUCUCAGCACAACAAGAGCUUUGUAUGUGGGUCAGAAGAAGAAAGGCAUAUUUCAACAUUCGAGCUUCCUCGCCGGGGGUGCCACAACGGCAGCCGGAAGAUUAGUCCCCCACGAUGGGGUUCUUGAGGCUAUUUGGCCAUAUAGUGGUCACUAUCUCCUUACAAAAGAGAACUUCAGAGAAUUCAUUUGCUUCCUUGAAGAGAACCAUGUUGACCUUACAAAUGUGAAGAGGUGUGCCAUUGAUGAUGACAGACUCUCAUAUACGGUCACUGGUGAAGAGUCAAACCCAGAACCAAUUAUGGGUUAUGCUAAAUCGGAGAUCACAAUCACGACUGCUCAUCGACCAGAAAAUAAGAAUGCUAAUGAUGCUAAUGCAUUAUUAGGCUCACAGCCAGUGUUUUGCUCGCCCAAGCCCAAGCCCAAACCCAACAAGUGGGCUACAAGGGCUGGACCUCGUAUUGGGUGCGUCCGGGAUUACCCCCCAGAUCUACAAUUCAAAGCAUUGGAACAAGUUAACCUAUCGCCAAAGGUGCCUUCUGGGCCUUUUUGUAACUAUGGCCCAAUUCCCUCUCCACGGCCCAGCCCAAAGAUGAGGUUGUCCCCUAUUGCAUGCAUGAGUCCCAGGACCCAUAUUCCUGCAGCCAGCUAAGCCAAUUCACCACAAGGACGAGUAAUGUUAGAUUCAGUUGUAAGAUGUAUAAGUUCCACGCACUUCCUUUAAAAUAUAGAAAAAAUUGAGACACAUGAAAAAAAUUUAAUUUUUAAUGGUGGAUCUCAUUUUUUUU